CCGGGUGGCUCGAAGCGGCUCGGAUCGGCACGGCUCGACCCGGGAUCCCUCUCCAGCCACCUGGUGCCUCCAACAAGAGAUGACCACGCUCCUCAACAGCUCACUGUGCCAACACGCCAUCGAUGACUUCCGAAACCACGUCUACUCCACGCUGUACUCCAUGAUCAGCAUCAUGGGCUUUGCUGGCAACGGCGUUGUGCUCUUUGUGCUCAUCAGGACGUUCCGGCAGCGGACGGCCUUCCAGGUGUACAUGCUCAACCUGGCCAUGUCUGACUUCCUCUGCGUGUGCACCCUCCCCCUGCGCGUGGUCUACUACGUCCACCAAGGGCAUUGGAUCUUCAGUGACAUCCUGUGCAGGCUCAGCUCCUACGCUUUGUACGUCAACCUCUACUGCAGCAUUUUCUUCAUGACUGCCAUGAGCUUCUUCCGCUGCAUAGCCAUCGUUUUUCCGGUUCAGAACAUCAAUUUGGUCACGGAGAGGAAGGCUAAAUUUGUGUGCGUUGGGAUCUGGGUUUUUGUUACCCUGACGAGUGCUCCUUUUCUGAUGAAUGGGACUUACCAACACGGCAACAAGACCAAGUGCUUCGAACCCCCAGAAGACACCCAGAAGACCAACAUGAUCGUGAUCCUGGAUUUUAUCGCUCUCGUUUUGGGUUUCAUUAUCCCCUUUAUCAUCAUAACCAUCUGCUACACCAUGAUCAUAAGGACCCUCCUGAAGAACUCUCUGAAGAAGAACCAGGCCAACCGCAAGAAGGCCAUCUGGAUGAUCGUCAUCGUGACGGCCACCUUCCUGGUGAGCUUCACCCCUUACCACGUGCUGCGCACCGUUCACCUGCACGUGCUGCGGCUGCGGCGCUCCAGCUGCGAGGACACGGCCUACCUGCAGAAGUCGGUGGUGGUGACGCUGCCUUUGGCCGCCGCCAACUGCUGCUUCGACCCAUUGCUCUACUUCUUCUCGGGGGGCAACUUUCGGAAGAGGUUGACCACCUUCAGGAAGGCUUCGUCCUCCAGCGUCACGCAAGCCUUCAGGAAAAAGUUCUCCCUGAAAGAGAGAGACGAUGAACCUUUUGGGGAAAGCAAUAAGGAGAAUGGGAACGUCCCUGCAGUCGCAUAGUAACAUGGUGCGACCUUCCUGUGGGAUCUCAGAUGAGAAUGGAGAUCUCUAAUCUCUUCUAAUAGAUGGGAGCCUUCACUGAAUUCCAAAAGAGACACAAAGUUUUAUUUACGCGGCAGAGGUCAAGACGAUUCCUGCCCCGCUCCCAGAUGCUUUUGCUUUGGACUUCAGUUUCAAAAUGCAGUGUGCAUGUGGGGCUCGCAGGAUCAGUGCCUGUAUCUGGAAAUCCCGGGUCAGGCCUCAUCCCCCUCAUCCACCCUGCAAGAAACAGCCCUGAGUGCUGGGGCAGCGUGUCUGCAGCGGCCGAGCAGCAGCAGCUUCAGGGGAACUGUCCAUGAUUGCAGCCUGGAUGCAUCUCCAGAGGCACAGUGGUGCCUUGCUGCUGCUGAGAGGGGUAAGGAUUGGAUGCGGUUCCUUCUUUAUCCAAGGAGGUUGUGGAUGCCCCAUCCCUGCAGGCAUUCAAGGCCAGGCUGGAUGUGGCUCUGGGCAGCCUGGU